UUAUUUGCUAAAAUUAUCCACCAGUUCUCGCGGUACUUUAUUAUCUACCGCCUCCAACCAUUCGCCGCCGUCGACUAGUCCUCGCGGUUUCUCUGUUUUCUGUCUUCAGUUCCGGCCGCCGACCCCACGUUUUCUCCGUUGAGGGGUAAGGAUUUGGUGGUUUUUGUGUGUUUUUCUUGGAUUAUCUUCAAUACCUACUAAAGUUUGGGGCUAGAUUUUAUUUAAUCCUAGAGAUUCAAGAUUUUAGAGUCCGGUACUGUCCCAAGUUCAAGUGCGUUUGGUGCGUUUUUUUGUUGUGUUCUUUGUUUGGAGUUUGAAAGAAGCCCUGUUUGAAAUUAAGUGCAGCUUUUGACCAAAGAUGUCUCGAAGAUCGACUAGGUUAGUGGAUAAGGCGAAUAAACAUUUUGAGAAAAUCACAAGUAGUGUAACUACAAAAUCAUCUAGAAGUAACAGAUAUGUUGUAUCUGAGGGAACCCUUAAAGCUCAUAGAAGGAGUCAAAAGCGGACACCAAAUAAUGAGGUUAAGCUAAAUGAAGUUAUGUUUUCUCCAUCUUUUGAGCAAUUAGAGGGAAAGAAGAGAAAGACAUACAAUAAGAGGUCAAUGGUCAAAAGAGCAACUGCUUCGAAGAAUCUUAAGCCGGAGGAGGGUAUCAACAAAAAAGGGAGUGGGAGGUUAAGAAAGAGGGUGUAUUAUCAAAAAGUGGUUUUUGAUGGUGGUGAAUUUGAGGUUGGGGACGAUGUUUAUGUGAGGAGGAGAGAAGAUGCAAGCUCUGAUGAUGAAGAUCCUGAAGUUGAGGAGUGUAGAGUGUGCUUUAAAUCUGGAAAUGCUAUAAUGAUCGAGUGUGAUGACUGUCUUGGUGGUUUUCAUUUGAAGUGUUUGAAGCCUCCAGUGAAGGUGAUCCCUGAGGGGGAUUGGAUUUGUGGGUUUUGUGAGGCUGCCAAAAUGGGCAAAGAGGUUCAAUUGCCAAAGCCUCCAGAGGGUAAAAAACGGGUUAGGACAAUGAGGGAGAAGCUUCUAGCAGGCGAUUUGUGGGCUGCUCACAUUGAAAGUAUAUGGAAAGAAGUAACGGGUAACUAUCACUGUAAGGUUAGAUGGUAUAUAAUCCCAGAAGAGACUGCAGCUGGAAGGCAACCGCAUAACUUGAAGAGAGAGCUUUAUUUAACUAAUGAUUUUGCAGAUAUUGAGAUGGAAUCGCUUCUUAGACUGUGUGAAGUCAUGAAUCCGAAAGAUUAUUAUAAAGCCAAGGAAGGGGAUGAUAUAUUUUUAUGUGAGUAUGAAUAUGACGUUCGUUGGCAUAGUUUUAAGAGGUUGGCUGAAAUUGAUAAAGAACAGGAUAGUGAAGCAGUUGAUAGUGACGCAGAGUGGAAGUUGGACCAGAAUGUAGACUCUGAUUCAGAUGGUGACCUGGAAUAUGAAGAAGAGAGAGCACAAAUUUUACUAUCUCGAAACUACUCAAGCUCAACCCAUGAAUUAGCUGCAAAUUCAAGGAAAGGACAAUUUUGUGGACUACAAAAGAUAGGAGCUAAGAAGAUCCCAAAGCAUACAAGAUGUCAUAAACAAACUGAAUUGGAAAGAGCAAAGGCAACCCUCAUGUUGGCGUCACUACCCAAGUCCCUACCGUGUAGAAAUAAAGAAAUUGAGGAGAUAACUACAUUUGUUGAAAGUGCUUUAUGUGAUGAUCAAUGCUUGGGUCGAUGCUUGUACAUCUAUGGUGUUCCAGGAACAGGUAAGACAAUGAGUGUGCUGUCGGUAAUGAGAAACUUGCGGGCUAAAGUUGAUACAGGAAAUCUAAGGCCUCAUUGCUUUGUGGAGGUUAAUGGUCUAAAGCUGGCAGCACCAGAAAAUAUAUACAGAGUUAUACAUGAAGCAUUAACUGGGCAUAGGGUUAAUUGGAAAAAGGCGCUUCAGUUGUUGACCAAACGUUUUUCAGACGUAAAUUGUUGCAGGGAUGAUGAGCGACCUUGCAUUCUGCUCAUUGAUGAACUUGAUCUUCUUGUAACAAGAAAUCAGUCAAUUCUAUACAACAUUCUCGAUUGGCCUACAAAGCCACAAGCCAAGUUGAUUGUGAUAGGAAUUGCAAAUACCAUGGACCUACCAGAGAAGUUGCUUCCUCGAAUUUCAAGCCGAAUGGGUAUUGAAAGGCUUUGUUUUGGCCCCUAUAACUAUCAGCAACUUCAAGAAAUUAUUUUGAGCCGGCUUGAAGGAAUCAAUGCAUUUGAGAAACAAGCUAUUGAAUUUGCAUCGAGAAAGGUAGCUGCUAUUUCAGGAGAUGCACGUCGUGCUUUGGAGAUAUGUAGGCGUGCAGCUGAAAUUACGGAUUAUCAUUUAAAGAAGCAUCAUAUGAAGCAGCUGAGUUUGAUUUCCAACACUGCGAAAACACAUGUUGGAAUAGCUGAGGUGGAAACAGCGAUCCAAGAAAUGUUUCAAGCACCUCAUAUGCAAGUUAUGAAGAGUUGUUCUAAGCAGAGCAAGAUCUUCUUGACAGCCAUGGUGCAUGACUAUUAUAAAACGGGGUUGGGUGAAGCAACCUUUGAAAAGCUUGCCAUGACUGUCUCAAAUCUUUGUACAAGCAAUGGAGAGGAAUUUCCUGGAUAUGAUGCUCUUCUGAAAGUUGGCUGUAGGCUUGGUGAGUGCAGAAUUAUUUUAUGUGAAUCAGGGGCUAAACACCGGUUGCAAAAGUUACAGCUUAAUGUUCCAAGUGAUGACGUCUCAUUUGCACUGAAAGAUAGUAAGGAUAUACCUUGGUUGGCUAAGUAUCUUUAAAUCUAUUUUAGCUGCUAAUCUGUAAAAAACAAUUUUGGUCAUGUAAUACAUCAGUUUCAGUUUCGCCCAUAUGAAGGUUUAAGUUACUACUUUUUUUACUUGCUCUUUAAUUUGUUCUUAUGGGAGUCCUGUUUUUUAGAAUAGUUACCAACAAUGGUUUCAAAUGUAUACUAGCUUUGAGCAAUGUACAACAUGAUUCCUGCUUUUUCAGAGCUCUUGUUUGGCAGCAUAGUCAAUGUCAGUAUCUUGGAAAGCAAAAAUUAGUUUGAGAAUUGUGAAAUCAUAUGAAGACUAAUACUUACCCAGAGGCUGUGCGAUGCAUCUGUUUAUGUAGUCUAGUGACAUGACAGUAAGACUAUAAUCAUUCAAUCACUGGCGGAUUUAGUAUAGGUGCAGGGGGCUCGAGCUCUCCCUCAACUCGAUCGUCUUUAUGUAAUAUAUAUAAAGAAAACUAUUUGAUUUUUGAUACUUGUACUUGUAGGUAGCUUAGUGGUUAUUCUAUUUAUCGGCUUCCUUCCAACCUAGGUUCGAAUCUUACAAUCCUUCGAUUUCCACCUAAGAAAUAAUAAUUCUACACUCUUUUCAAGUUUGUUAUUUUAUAUUUUAUGCACUUGGUUUUCAUAAUAAUUAUACACUCUUUUCAAGCUGGUGUAUGAGAAGGUAAGAGAGAGGCUUUUCAAGAUUUACAUACACAACAGGACUGCAGUUGAGAGUUUUGAUGUGUUUGUACAUGCUGGGGGAAUGAACAGAGCAUAUCAUGUGGAUUUCCUUGAACCAAUUUCAACUAGGCCCGGAUACAGCUGCAGGUGCUCCAGGAACGAAUGUUCUCUUGAAUGGUUUGGAAAUCUGUAAGCUGAGUUAAAAUGGGUAUCUUGCGUACAUUGACAGGUUUAAUGCCUUGGAGGAAUCGAAGGGAAACUCAGUCUCAAGUUCUCUGGAUAGGCAUUGGAGCAGGUUUAGCCUCUGUUGUUUUCUCAUCAUCUAUUUCUGCAGAAUCUAGAGAAGGAAUUUUACAAAGAACUUUUCUGGGUGGAGAGGGGGAUCUAGUCCUGGGGCCACUGUCACCAACACUUACGCCAGAGGGUCUGUGGGGGGAGGCCAAAGUGUGUUCGGGACCUUGCCAUCUAUCAGAGUUGGCAAAUGGUUUACAUUAGCAGAUAUUCUUGCAGCGACAGAUAACUUUGAUGAAGCUCUGAUGAUUGGAGUUGGGGGUUUUGGUAAGGUCUACAGAGGGGAGAUUGAUGAUGGUACUCUUGUGGCAAUCAAGAAGAGCAAACCCCCAGUCUCAGCAGGGACUUGCUGAGUUCGAAACUGAGAUUGAAAUGCUUUCUAAACUUAGGCAUAGACAUCUGGUGUCAAUGAUCGGCUAUUGCAAGGGAAAUGAUCUUGGUUUACGAAUAUAUGGCGAAUGGCACCCUUAGACAUGGAAGCAGAGAUUGGAAGUUUGCAUUGGUGCAGCCAGGGGACUCCAUUAUCUUCACACAGGAGCUGAGAGAGGAAUAAUCCACAGAGAUGUGAAGACGACCAACAUACUCUUGGAUGAAAAUUUUGUUGCAAAAAUGUCUGAUUUUGGUCUUUCAAAAACAGGUCCUUCUUUGGAUCACACUCAUGUUAGUACUGCAGUUAAGGGCAGCUUCGGCUACCUCGAUCUGGAGUACUUCAGGCGCCAGCAGCUGAGUGAAAAAUCUGAUGUUUAUUCUUUUGGUGUGGUAUUGUUAGAAGUUGUUUGUGCAAGAGCUGUUACAAACCCAACUUUGCCCAAGGAUCAGAUAAAUCUUGCAGAAUGGGCAAUGAAAUGGCAAUGAAAAAAGUUGUUGCACACCAUCAUAGACCCACAUCUUAAAGACAAAUAUUGUCCCGAAUCUCUAAAAACAUUUGGAGAAAUGGCAGAAAAAUGCCUUGCUGGUGAAGGGAAGAUUUGUCCAACAAUGAGCAAAGUUCUAUGGCACCUAGAAUAUUCUCUGCAACUCCAUGAUGCUUGGAUCUGCACUAAUGAUGCACAAAGUUCUUGCGCAGUAAACUCAGAAGGAGCAGAAGCUGAGGAACAGAGGCUAGAUCUUGAUGGGGAAGAGGAAUGCUCCAACAUGAAAACUUCAACUCCAACUGAUCACUCAUCCUAAUAGAUUUGGUUGCAUAACUAGUUCAUCAUCAAUUAAUGGGGAUUCAGCAAGCUGGGGUUCCUUUGCUAACAGAUGCAGUUGAGGAGCCUGUUUUUUUCAAUGCCGAGCAGUAUCAUGGCAUUUUACGACGCAGACUGUCCCGUGCAAAAGCUGAAUCAGAAAAUAAAGCUCUAAAGUCUAGGAAGCCAUACUUGCAUGAAUCUUGACAUCUGCACGCAUUGAGGGGAGCUAGAGGUUGUGGUGGACAGUUUCUCAAAUCAAAUGAAAAUGAAAAUCAUCAAAAUGAGGUGGCAUCAGGUGAUAAAAUGAGGUGAUCUUGCUUCUUCAGAGAACUGAUGUCUGAGGCAUUGUUGGUGAAUGGUGAACAGUGCAUUUCGACAAUUGUAAGGAAAUUGAGAUUGGCACAGUACAUAAUAAAGCUGAUGUUGCUGAAACUUUUAUGGGAUGCUUUGUAAUGGAAGGAAUGGAGAUGGAGUCGAGAGGAGGUCAGUUCUGGGUUCCUAUGGAAUGUACAAUAAGAUUAUACAUUCGUAGUGUUUGGCCUUGUUUUAGGAAGGAAAGGACUGUAGGCAAGUUGAUACAGCAUCUCAAUACCAGCUUCAAAAUUGCAGCAGAAAAUAGAAUCAACCUUCUAUGGCUGGAUAUUUUGAACUUGUAAAUAAGAAACAGUGAUUACUAAUACAGUAGUUCAACUGUUCUCACAACUUUCUCAACAUCUUUUGCUUAUUAAACGCUGCAGGAAACAUCCUGAACAUCUUUUGGUACUGGUGUGCUGA